AUGAUUUACCUCAAAAUCCUAAAUAAAUUUUAAUUUACCCUAGCUGUGAUAAUUCCAGAUUAAUUUUUUGAAAUAAUGAAUGGUUUAGAAGAAUAAAGUAGGAAAGAUAUAGAAUAUUUAAAUUUACAUAAAAUAUCUUUUAUUAUUGCUCUUAAGUUUGAUAGGUGCCUUAAAUUAAGAUAAUAUAAUUAAUAAUCAUAUCAAUAAUUAUAAAAUUAAAUGUUAAAUCUUUAUUUAGAAAUAAACUGGAUGAACUAAUGA